AUGUAUAGCAACCGCCAGCUGGCCUAUGCGCCCACGCCAUAUAUUCCGCGGUCAACGCUUUCUGCAACCAUCAAUCUCGAUGAGGAGGUUAAGCUAUCCUCGACGAGCACCGAACGCGACCUGUACGACUCUCUCGCCGAGAUCUACAGCAUAAUCAUCACCCUGGACGCACUCGAGAAGGGCUAUCUGAAAGACUCGAUAUCUGAAGCUGACUACACCGAGACAUGCAGCCGCCUUCUGAAGCAAUACAAGUCGAAUCUGGCCGAUGAGACAGUUGCGCGCGCGUUCGGCGAUCUUGAGACUUUCAAGCGCGAGUGGGAUAUGGAGUGCCCGAGAGCUACCGAGCGUCUGAGGGUUGGAAUACCAGCUACUGUGGAGCAAGGUCCCUCGCACAAGCCGGCACAGCAAGGCGAUUCGGCCGACGCGACACUCGUGAUCAAUGCGACCGAAAACUUCAUUACGCUGUUAGAUGCCAUCAGGAUAGGUCUCGUCGAGAAGGACACGCUGCAUCCGCUGUUGGUCGAGAUCAUCCAGGCAGUCAACAAGGUUACGGACAUAGACUUCGAAAGUAAAGGCAAGAUUGUUCAAUGGCUCAUCACGUUGAACCAAAUGCGCGCAGCGGAAAAGCUCGACGAUGAUCAAGCUCGGGAGUUCCAGUUCGACAUGGACAGUGCAUACCACGGCUUCAAGGCAACACUUAAGAAAGACUGA